GAAAGAUGUUCCCCACGGCAGAUGGCCUGUAUCAACUCACAUGAGCAGGACUCAGGAGCAAUAUUGUGCGCACACAGAAUAUUUUCAUCGAAUCCCCGACAUUCUCAGAAUACAAAUGUCGGCUUUGAUCGUCGCCUACCAAAUUUCCCGGGCACCACCUAGAACUUCUACCCAGGGCACUGAACACUCCAGGCAAGUCAAACGGGGAGCUGGGGUGGAAAUCGGCUACUGGAUGGUUCCGGAUGGAUGUGGCCCACAUAAUGGGCAGGGAUGGGCAGAAUGGCAAAUACUUUAUUCGUGCCGACUUUCCAGUGGCCUCACCCUUUUGACAACAGCUCCCACUGCCAAUGAAUUCCUCAGAGCUACAGAGGGUCCAUUUGCGGAGUUGAAAGAGCUAGUUAUGCAGCAUACUUCAAUUGCAAACAGACCACGAUUUCAACCCCUCGCCCCCCCGGAGAAAAUUUUGAAGGAGAUUGUGCAGAAGAUAUGGGGUCAUUCAUCUGUUCAGACAGUUGAUGAUAUUGGCGAGAUUCUAGAGAACGGACACGUCACAGAUGAUUUGAGCCUCGAAGUUUUUUUGGAAGCUUGCAUCGCAGGCUAUGCCAAGAAAAGGGAGAGGUCACCCCAAGAAGUCAUGAAACGUUUCCGAUUACACAAUCCUUCCGAAGCGGGCCAAACGGCCUGGCAGGCAUGGCUCAAGCUUCACCCUGGAAUUGAUAGUCAAGAGGCUGCAAGGCUGCGUAAAUCACACCAAGAAGCUGUUGAGAAGCACUACCCCGAUUGCGCGGCAGAGGCGAAUGCAUUUUACGAAAAAGUCCUGAUACAUUGUGGAGACAUUGUUUUGUCAAAGGAUGAAAGGGAUGCUAAACCCAACGAAGGCCUCUAUCUGUUGCAGAAGGUAACCGGAAAGUACGCCGCUCAGCUCUCGAUGAUCGCGGAAAUGGUCAAAGCUAUGGGCCUACCCUUGCAGAGGAUGCCCAUUGGCGAUGAGAAACUUUACGAUGGAAUAAAGGCAUUCAGAGACUUCCUUCAUCAUCUUGGAGCAUUUAACAACUCCAAAACGUCUACCAGCGAGGUGUUUGGGGCCUCUGGUCUCAUGAAGUCCAUUGUGACGCAGGCGAAGCAAAGCGUCCAUUUCAGUGAUGAUCUGGACCGAUAUUUGGGUAACACUACUGCGAAAUCAGAGGUUGAGUGUGAUGCAGAGGACGUGGAUUAUCACACACCUUUAUUGAAGAUGAAGGAAGGCCUGAGCACUAUAGACCGGGCAUAUGGGGCGCAUACCGUUCGCCGCACUGAUUGUGCUGGGAAGCUCAAAGCCAUGAUUCAGGAGGCGACAGGCAUAAUGGACCUUGGGCACAACUGGAGAGGCGUCAACAUACUUCCGUUCUUGCUUGAACACCGUCUCCGUUUUGCCGGUUUGGCAUCGUGGUGUUCGACGCCUAAACAGAGGGCUUCCUUCGAUCAUGAGGAUCCGGUGCAGACCUUAAGGGUGGAACACAUGACAGAUGGCAUGAUGAUGGGUAUGGGCUUACCAGAUGAGUACCUGAAGUGUGAGGUGUUACACUAUGCACCGGAUGGGAACGGCAACGUCAGUAAAUAUGCGUUACCUCAAAAUGAAGUAAGGAGAGCAGUUGGGAAAACGGCCAUCAUCCCGGCAUCAUCCCACAAACGUAAGGGAAGCACCCCAGACCCUACCACUGUGGUCUAUGGAACGAGGUUCAAUUGGAGAUGGCACAAUACCCACCCCAUCUCCUAA